GCUAUCGCAAAGCAAAUAAGUCAAAGCAAAUAAAUAAUGCACAGUACAACAAAAUGUGAAUCCAGGUUAUAGUCAUAGUAUUAUCUAUGUACUUUUCUUAGAACUCUAUGUAUGAAUAAGCACAAGUGUAUGUGUUUCUUUUUGUGUUGUAGAGUGUCAGGCCUUGAAAGGAGACCACAUGCUCCUCCGACCACACUACCGUCACGGCUCUGGUAGCAGUCGCUACAGCCGGUGCCCAGCAAAGCCAUCAUAUUCUCUGUGUUCAGACGACCAGUGGACUGACAAAUGUCCAUCUGGCUGUCGGCUGGACGGUCUGAUAGAUGCCACAGAAACCGACUUCCACAGACGCCUGGGGCAGGUCUGCUCACAGGCUCAGACGUACCAGAGUGCCAUCUCCUCAGCUAUGCUGAUGACCACAGCCAUCUACUACACCCACCGCAAGAUCAUAGUCAAGAACUAUGUUGCUGAGCUGAGAUAUGCAGAGAGGUUUGAGGACCUUCAAAGGAACCUGACGCUACUGCAGAGACGUUCCACAGAGCUCUCCAGAAAACUACACAAGAUACACAGCCUCGUACAGCAGCAGAUUAUCGAUAUGCGACGGAUGGAGGUGGACAUUGACAUCAAACUUCGAGCUUGUCAUGGGUCAUGCAAACACACCUUUGUCCAUCACAUCGACCAUGACGCCUACACAGACAUGGAGAGCCAGCUAGCCAAAUUGAACCCUUUGACUACCAAAAAAGCCAUGUUCCCAGCCGACAUAAGGAAGCUCGUCCUACAGCCAGUGCUCCGUCCUCCCAGCUCCCACUCUUACAGAAGCAUCCCGAUAGUACGCAAGGAGUUCCUAACACAGUUCGAGGACAUCGACUUGAACCAAAUCGUUUUAGAGGAACUUUUCAAUGACUUUGACUUAGAGGACUGAAAAUCAGAUUUUCUCAGCAGUUAGGCAAAGGCUUACUACCUCAUAAGUUGACUGCAUUGUUUGCGUCAAAAAUAUCUUCAUAAACAAGCCAUCGCUCAUUGUCUGUUACCACACAAUCUUUAUUUAUAUCAUAUGUUUACUGUAGAGGUAUGAUGGUGCAUUGCACAUGUUUAAGGAAAGACUCGAAUAAAGUG